GUGGGAUAUUUUUGCGUGUGAAAAUCUUAGGAUCGAUUACUUGUAGAUUUAUACAAUGACUGUUAAUGCUUGUGAGUUUAAGAAAAUAUGAAUCCAGAUUUUAAAUCGCGUUCAAGAAGAAGAUGGUGGAUACGACCCGUGAAUUUAACAAGAGAGGAAUUAGGGGUUUACGGUACUUGUUUUAAACCGCUGUGAUCUAUGGAUGAAGAGCACUUUUCCAAGAAACAAGGAUGAGUGUCCACAAAUUUAAUGCUCUUCUUUGCUUAUUGAAAGACAAGCUCCAUCGCUGUUCGAGAAGAGAACCGAUAAACGAAGAAACACGUUUGGGAAUUACAUUGAUGUCUCACAAAAUUGGAUUUUCAUCCAUGAGGAAAAUUAUUUACGAAACUUGCGCUGCAAUUUGGAAUGAAUUACACACAGUGUAUGUUGUUCAACCAAACCAAUCCGAAUUGAAAAACAUUUCUGAAAGUUAUUAUAUAAAAACCGGAAUGCCGCACUGCCUAGGUGGUAUUGAUGGCAAACAUAUUAACAUAGUUUGCCCAAGACGUAGUGGUUCACUUUUUUAUAAUUCCAAAAAAACAUUCAACAUUGUUCUAAUGACAGCUUGUGACUCCGACCAUACAUUUACUUUUGUUGAUGUUGGGGCAGUAGAAAGUCAAAGCUAUGGAGGAAUUUUCGCCAAAAGUGCUUUUGGGAAAAUGAUAUUAAGAGAAAACAUCGUAUUGCCUCCUCUCGAUCACCUUCCGAGUACAAAUAAAGACUUCCAGUUUUUCUUUGUGGGGGGCAGUGCUUUUCCACUUAAGGGAAACCUUAUGCGUCCAUAUCCUGGCCGCAACUUGUCUCCUCUGAAGGAACAUCACAAUAAAAACCUAUCUUCCGCCAGAGUUUACAUCGAAAAUGCGUUUGGUAUAUUAGCGAAUAGGUGGAGAAUAUUACAUAGCAAUAUUCAUGCAGCACCAAAAAAUAUUGAUAAAAUAGUGUUAGCAACAGUUGUGCUACUAAUUAUCUCAUGCUAGAUAGAAGCUCGGGAUAUUUUACUGAAGAGUUAGUGGACCAUUCGGAAAAUGGUGCUUUCGUUCCUGGAAUUUGGAGGCAAACAACUUCGCAAAGUCCAGCUUUUCGAAUUUCGCAAGCCAACCGUUCAACGGCGGAGGCGUUUGCAUCGAGAGACGAAUUGGCGGAGUAUUUAUUUAAUAAUUAAGCAUAUAUUUUGUGAAAUGUUAUUCAUUUUUUAUUAAAUUUCUUCUUAAUUCAGUAAAAUUCAUAUAAAAUAA